UGAUACAAAAAAAUAAAAUACACAAUAUUUUUUACAUAGAGUGAUAAAUCAUAAAAAUACAAGAUGAUCGACAAAAAUUACGUCACACCGAGAAGCAAGAAUUGUCGAAAACGCGGGAACAUUUCAAAAAUUAUGAUGAAAACAAUGUGUUAUGUUGUUGUUAUUAUAAAAUAGCAAUGUCCAAACUGAAACGAUUUCAGUUGACUUCUUUAUCUUCGGAAGAAAAACAAUACCUAGCUGGAUGUAUAAAGCAGUUGGGUGGAAUAUUAAUCGACUUGCAGAAAUUCUCAAAACUAGCCACACAUAUUAUAUGUGGCUAUCCAAAUCGCGGAGAAAAGUUUCUGGGUGGCUGUGCAUUAGGAAAAUGGGUUUUACAAAAGCAAUAUGUGGAAGAGAGUUUUGCCAAAGGAAAAUGGUUAGAUGAAGAAAGUUAUGAAUGGUUACCUAACUGCAUUGAUGUGACAAAUAAUAAAAAGUUAAACAUGCUUUGUGAUGCUCCAAGAAAAUGGCGCCUUUAUUUUCAAAGUAAUAAAGGAGGUGCUUUCAACAGCUGGACUGCUGCAGUUCAUUUUAAUGAUAAAAAGACGAAGGCAGCAUAUGAAAGACUUCUUGAUGCAGGAAAUGCAAUGAUUUACAAAAGAAAAAUAAACUUUAAAGAUCCUUCUAGCUUUCCAAAAGACAUCAAAUAUGUAUUUGUGGAGACAAAGUUGCUUCCUGAGGUUCUUCAUUUGAGAAAAAUGGGGAUUCAUGUUCUUUCCCCAGAUUAUAUUCCAGAAUUUAUCAUUCAGGGUCCUAAGGAAACAUUUAUCAUCUGCAAUGAAAAUAUAAACCACAACUUAGCCAACAAAAAGAGAUCAAUAGAAAAUCCUGGAAAAAGAUCAAAUGGGAAUUUUCCUAAGGUGUGUUUGGCAAAGGAAAAUGGGGAUAUGAAAAUGAACAAGAUCCAUUCAAGGAAUCAAGGAGUGAAACGUUUAAAUGCUGAUUGUGAUAUGUGUAAUAAAAAAAGGCAAAAGACAUUGAAACAUGAUUUACCACCUCAAAUCAACUUGAAUACAAUAAAAUUCCCUUCAAAAGCAGAAUCAACAACAUUUCCCACUAUUUGUCAAAUAUUUUGGAAUCUUGUAUUGAUGAAGAGUGUGGGAAUCUUGCUGUGGAAACUGUUACUUCUUAACUCUCCAACAAAACAACAAGCGCUUCAAACUUUACGUUUACUAUACGACAUACUUGAGGUCCACCCACCUGGAUCAAAGCAGACAUUUUAUCUGAUGGCACUUGUGGAACACAAUACAGACAACCCUCAAGGGGCAACAUCUACCCCAUGGAAUUUUAUAUGUAAAGUAAUAUGGAAAAGUUUCAAGAAGCAAGAAAAUGACAGAACUGAAAUUUGGAAAUGUGGCAAUGCUAUAUUAUUGUUGAAGUUUCUUGAUAAGCUGUUUAAAUUGGAUGGGAGUACAGAAGGACAAACAAACAAAAUUCUUUCUCAAGUUUUAUGGCCUGAUUCUUACAACAUAAGUUGUCACUUACCAUUUGAAAUGAAGGAAUUCAUAUUAUUGUGUUGUCAGAGUAUAAAGAAAGCAAGCGAUGAUGAGAAUGCAUUCUCAACCAGCAACGUUCUAUUGGAUUGGCUUUCCAUUGUAACAACGUUCAUGAGGAAAGACGACGUUACAGGACGAGCCAGCAAUUUUAUCGUAAAGCAGUUGUUUGAGGAAAUAUCGAAGAGCAAUUGUGACGAAGCGAUGAAAUUCUUCCUCCAAGGAUGUCAAUGCGUGUGGCUAAAAAUGAAAAUACUGGAGUUAAAAUUGGAAAACUAUGACAAACAACUUAUACCCCGACAAAAUAUAACACUCCUUGAUAAAUCGCUGAAGUUAAACAAAAUUGUGCAUUGUUAUUUCUUUCUUCUACCAAACAUCGGUGAAAGGAAAAGAACUAAGAAAGACAAAACGUCCAAACAAGCAAUGAAGAAAAAUGGAAAAGGUGAAACGACACUACACUUGGCUUGUAUAAAAAACAACGCAGCUAAAGUUGAAGAGUUAUUAACGAAAGAAGAUAUUGAUGUGAAUGUAAGGGAUAAUGCAGGAUGGACACCUUUACAUGACGCAUGUUACAGGGGUAAUGUUGAUUGUGUGAGGAUAAUUUUAAAAUAUCAUGGUAAGUGAUUGAACGUUGCCUAUUUUUAUAAGCAAUUCUACAGAACAAACAAAGUGAACUUACAUGCUAAAUCUCAAGAGAAUGGAGUCACUGCACUUCAUGAGGCUGUAGCUGGAAAUCAUUUGAAUGUGGUUAAACUUCUUACUAAAGCUGGAGGAUAUGAUCUUCUUCAUGUGAAGACUUCCUCAGGAGAAACAGCUUUAGAUAUUGCUUCAAAUAAUCCCAAAAUGUUGCAGUUUCUUACCACACAAAUUAAACCAUCACAUCUUGGCAUGGGUUUCAGUAAUAAAUUGCCUCGUGCUACCUACAAGAAAAUACUUCAAGGACAAUCCAUACCAAUGCAAGAAUGUGAAAAGUAUUUGUUUUAUGUUUUGCAAAUGGUUCAAUGCUAUAUUCAAGAAUAUUUGAUACCAAAGAAAAUAUCCAGCAAAUGGCUUUGCAUGCAUUGCAAUAGUGACAUACAGAUUUUGGAGAACUUUUUUAAUCACAUUGUCAAUUUGGAAGAACAUGUUAAAAAUUAAUACAACAAUUUCACUACAAU